CCAACUUCAACGCCUUGUGGAAUUGGGGAAGGAAACGAAAAGCAGCUUCCUUCUCCUUUCUCUUUGCGGUCCAUCAUCCCCAACAGAGAGACGCGCUUAAGGAAUCCAUCCAUUCCCUCUCUUCUCCACUAUCAAUCUCUGCUCAAUCGAAAGCCCUAAUUCUUUCCACCCAACCCCUCAACUCUACCCGAUCUAUCAAUUUCGCGCUUCUUACUAUCCUAUUCAACAGAUCGGGGGCAGGAGGGAGUCACUUCCGAUAUAGUUGAAAAAUGUUUACCAGGAUAUUUGGCAAGCCUAAGCAGGAAGGCAAUGCCCUGACCACCUUGGAUAAACUGAACGAGACACUUGAAAUGCUCGAAAAAAAGGAGAAAGUUCUUGUCAAAAAAGCUGCUCAAGAAGUUGAGAAGGCUAGAGAAUAUGCACGGGGAGGAAACAAACGAGCUGCUCUUCAAUCCUUGAAAAGGAAGAGACUGUAUGAACAACAAGUAGAACAACUUGGAAAUUACCAAUUGAGGAUUCACGAUCAGAUGAUAAUGUUAGAGGGUGCAAAAGCCACUACUGAAACUGUUGAUGCAUUGAGAACUGGAGCAGCUGCAAUGAAGGCAAUGCAAAAAGCAACGAAUAUUGAUGAUGUCGACAAGACCAUGGAUGAAAUCAAUGAACAAACCGAGAACAUGAAACAGAUCCAAGAAGCAUUGUCAACUCCAAUUGGUUCUGCAGCAGAUUUCGAUGAAGAUGAAUUGGAGGCAGAACUUGAAGAAUUAGAAGGUGCUGAGUUGGAAGAGCAACUUCUACAACCGGCAACCACAGCUCCUGCUGCUCCAGUCCACGUGCCUGCAGGCAAACAGCCUGCUCGCCCCGUUCAGCAAAGGAAGAAUACUGAGGAGGAAGACGAACUUGCUGCCUUGCAGGCUGAAAUGGCGCUCUAAAGAAGGGAGUCAGCUGCCUGUGAAACACGGUAGAGAAGUAUCUUUGGGGAAGAUUGGUCAUUUUGUAUCAUGGAUUCUCCUUCAAACUCUCCUUUCACGCAUCUUUGUGGUGUGGCACUGAACGGUGGACCCUUUGUAUAUAAGGAUCUUGGAAACUUACCAACAAAGUUCUUGAUAAUUUGUAAUGCUCUCUCUUUCUCUUUUUAUGAGCUUUUGGUCAUGCGUCCCCAUAUUUUUCUACUUCUCUUCUCGGUUCUUUCCUGUGAUCAUAGGAUGUGUGUCAUCGAUAACAUUAUUACCAACUUGGUAGCCUUGCACUGUCAUUUAGGACAAUACUUGAAAAGUGAAUAAUGAAUAUAUAUCAAUUUCUGUUUUAUAGUUUUA